AUGUGCUAUCAAGUGGGUCACGCCUGUGCUGCGACGGGAUAUUCUACGCUAUACGCGGAGCUGGACAUCUUGCCGGAGGUACCUAUUGCGGAAGAGGCCCGGGAGAGUCCGGCGGAGAAUAGCCGUGCUAUUUACGAGUCUAUCAUGGCAGCACCCGUGCGUUAUUCUGUUAUGGACGACUAUACUCUCACAAUCAACGCCGAGAAUCCUGUCAGUCCGGCUUGCUCGAACGGCGAUACAGAUGUGCGGUGGAGGCUUGAGGGACGCAUUGAGCUCGAGGUAUAUCAGGAACAUCCCAAGGACGAAGUUUUUAUUCUUCCGUGUGUCGAGGAGGACCGGCGGCUCGGUCUAGAUAAUGUCGAGGGGCGCACCGAAUACCACCGACUGACACCUGCCGAGGUCAAAUUACUCUACGAACCACUUCCCCCUGACCUCCCUACUAUGAAAAAGGACAUCCUCGUCCAAAUGGCUGCCUACGAGGGCAAUAUCGAUCGUUACGCGCGCCUCGCUCGACCGAGACUGGUGGAUGAGGUAGAACUUGCCUGUGUGAUUCGAGGAAUCUACCAUCAUACUAUGUUUGCACGGUGGUGGGCAUCUGAGAUCGAGUCCAACUCCACCCGCGUCCAGGCACUCGAGUCUACCGAGAACCUCGACAACAUUCGAAAAGCCAUCUCUGCACGGCGCAUCAUGGUCAAUGAUUACGAAGAAUUUCACCUGGGUUGGCCCGCAGGAAAGCCGAAACCAUACCUCAUCUGGUGGCCGCUCAGACCCAAGGACAGUACUCUCUAUAUCCUUUUUGGGCGUGUACCAGAGAUGAAGGAGCAGAUUAUCGUUGCGUGUAUCUUCUGCAACUAUUCCGACUUGUAUCUCCGUCUCUGUACAGAGGUGACUGGGAACAUUUGGUGGGCUGCGAAGCAGGCUUUAAACCCCUUCUAUAUCGACCACCUUGAAAAGAAAGCCGCGGAAAAAGGAAUAAAUCUCGAGUGGCUCAGAGAAGACCUGGGAGUGGACGCCGGUCCUUACGACGGGGCCUCGGUGAACGUGAGCGAGCUAGAGUGGUACGUGUGGGCGACGCCGGAACUACUGCGCAAGAUUGAGCUCUUCGGCGGCAGUGUCGGUCGUGGUGAUACGGCGUGGGCGGAAGAAGUGACGUUGCCCGAGGAGACCCACUUGUGCUUCAAGGAGAUUAGCGUCAAAAAGGAUGGGUCAGAAAAUAUUCUCAUGUUAUACGGAAAGCACAAAGUAGAGCGAGAAGGCCAAUGUACCGAUGAGAAGUCCUACGCCACCUCGUGGGGAACUACAGAGUUCAUUCGGAAUCUCCAAAGUUCCAUGCCUUCCGGAUGUGAUGCCCGUCAUGGAUUAGUCUUUGCGGGGCUUUUGAUGGUUGAUCCAAGUUCGCUUAGCUAUUCUCACAAGGAAGGAUCCCACUAUGACAAGUUCUACUACGUACAAUCGGGCAACGACUGCUCCUCCAUCGCCGGAAAGAAUGGUAUCUCCCUCAUCCAGUUCCUGAAGUGGAAUCCUAGGGCUGGCACAAACUGCGCGGGACUCUGGGCUGACGCUUACGCUUGCGUGUCCAUCAUCGGCCACGAGCCCUCGCCCACCAAUCCCGGCAACGGCAUCCAGACACCUACUCCCACCCAGCCAGACAUCGUGAAAAACUGUGACAAGUUCUAUUGGGUCAAACCCGGCGACACCUGGACUAAAAUUGUCGCUGACAACCGUAUCACGCUCGCUGAUUUCCUCAAGUGGAAUCCCAAAGCCGGCAGCAACUGCGCAGGAUUGUGGGGAAGCGCGUACGCCUGUCUAUCUGUUCUUGGGUACGCCCCAACUCCGACGAACCCCGGAAAUGGAGUUCAGGCCCCUACGCCGAUCCAAAGCGGCAUGGUGACCAACUGCAAGAAGUUCCAUUUCGUCCAGCCAGGUCAGACAUGCGCUUCGAUUCAGACUAAGUACAGGGUCACCCUGGCGAACCUGUACAAAUGGAACCUAGCAAUCAAGUCAGGCUGCACUGGGAUGUGGUCGCAGACUUAUCUCUGUGUGGGGGCCUUGUGA